AUGACGACAAAAGCAAAACAUAUUAUGUUUUCAUAUCAAUGGAAUAGUUCAAUUUUGGUUGCAAAGAUUUACGAUUAUUUAUGCAAAACUCAAUCAAUACCUGUUUGGAUGGAUACACAUGGAGGAAUGACUGAAUAUCUCAGUUCAAGUAUGGCUGAAGGUGUUGAAAAUUGUUGUGUAUUGAUUUGUUUCUUAACACCUGAAUAUCAGGAAUCAAUGAAUUGUAAAAAAGAAUUAACUUAUGCAUCUCAAUUACAAAAACCGAUUAUUCCAUGUCUUCUUGGAUCGAAUGACAAGACAAACAAAUGGAAGCCAUCGCAAUGGUUAGGUUUAACAAUUACUGAUCUUCUUUAUUUGAAUUUUACGAAAAUCAAUGACGAAAAUUUCGAAGCAAAAUGUCGCGAAUUACUUGACAAGAUCAAUUCGGUUGUUGGAAAUUCAAGUUCAAUAACGUUUGAAUCAGAAUCCAAAGCAAAUUCGAAAGAAGAAGAAGAAGAAGAAGAAAGUGAUGAAGAAUUUCACUCAUCAACUUCACCUUCCCCAUCGAUUAUUCGUGAAGGUCCAGAAAUCAAAAAUGAGACAUUAAACUUAACUUCUCAAACUUAUUCCAAUGAAGGUGAUUCAUUUAUUCAUCUUAGAAAUCAAUCGUCUGAAAUUGAAUGUAAUCAGGAUCUUUAUUCAACGAACAAUCGAUUUUUCAAUUCAUUCACUUUAUCUCGUUUUCUUUUUCACAAUACAAACUCUCAAGAAUCGAUUGCAGUUUUGAGUUUAUCAGCUGAAUACGAAGAUUUGUCAAAAGAUGAAGAAAAACCUACUUGGAUUCCCUGUCAAAUCAAAAUCAAUAAUAAUGAACAACUAAUUCAACUUGAUCCAAAUAAACUCUUUCUUUGCUCAUUAACGCUUAAAAUUCAAUUAACUGGACAACCAGGUGUUGAUAAUCAACAUCGUUUUCGAGCUCAUUCUCUUUUACCUCAACCACUUCGACUUCGAAUUCGAAUUGAAGAUACACAGAUGAAACAUUCGUCUCUCAUCAUUGAACAAAUAAAUCGACCGUUGAUUUUGCCAACACAAGAGAAAUUAAUCGAUAAAUUUCGUUUAUCUCUAUUGAAUGUUCUCGGUUUCGUUUCAGCUGAUGAUUGUUCAACUGACAUUCGAUACUUUGCUUUUAUUUAUCAUUUUAAUGAUCCCGAUACGGACGAUCCUCUCAUAAAAUUUAUAUUUGGAUGUGACCUUUCAGGUUUUCGUUUCUCAAUAUGGGAUAAACAGAAGAUUAAAACGUUGGGAAAACAGGCGAAAAAAGAAAAUCGAACGGAAUUAAUUGUUCAUGAAGAUAUAUACAGUUCAAUUAUAAAUUGUGUUGCAUUGUUUGAUGAACGUUCUCAACUUCAUGGUAUCCGAAUUACCAUCAAAACAAAAACAUCACAAACUGUACAAAUCAUUCCAUUACGACCUGACGAAAUUUUCGAGAAACAUCAUAUUUUUUAG